AUGAAAUAUCUGUCUCUCUUCUUAACUCCCUCAGACCCUUUUACAUUUUCUCUUUUUGUUUUCUUUACUCAUCAUUCUCUCUUCUUAUCUUUCCCAUUAUUCCUCCCUCUCUCUUCCUCUCUCUCUCUUUCUCUUUAUUUCCCUUUUGCCAUUUACUGCUUGCCAUUAUCUGUCUCUCUUCACGUCUCCCGUCUUAAUAGCCUAUCCGAUUUAAAUGUCUCUAUUUUGAAUUGUCUCUCAUUUACCUACUGGUAUUACCCGUUCUUUCUUCUUAUCUCUUUCUUGCUGUCUAUUUCUACUCUUGUGUUUCUCCUUUCAUCGGUCUCUUCAUUUUACGUCUCUUCUUAUCUGUCUCUCGCUUUUACGUCUUUCUCUUUCCGUAUCUCUCUUUACUCUCAUCUUUUUUCUAUCAUUUAUUCCUUCUCUAGCAUUUUUCGAUUUCCCUUCAUUUAUUUUUCUUUAAUCAUUUCAUUACCUUUCUUCAUAUCUAUCGUUCCUAUUUAUAACUUUUUAACUUAUAUGUCAUUUCUUUCUUCACUUUCCUAUUUUGUUUCUUUUUUUAUUUAUCUCCGAUAUUUUCUCAUCUUAUUACUCUCUCCUUCUGUUUCUCCUCUUAGGCUUUUCCCAUUUACAUCUUCUCAUUACCUGUCUCUCUCACACUUCUUCUUCUUCUUCUUCUUCUUCUUCUUCUUCUUCUUCUUCUUCUUCUUCUUCUUCUUCUUCUUCUUCUUCUUCUUCUUCUUCCCUCAUCUUAUUCUUCUUUACUUUUUCUUCUUUUCUUCCUUUUCUUCUUCCCUUCUUCUUCUUCUUUUUCUUCUUCUUCUUCUAUUUUCUAGUUCUUCUUCCUUCUUCUUCUUCUUCUUCCUUCUUCUUCUUCUUCUUCUCUUCUUUUCCUUAUCUGUCUUCUUCUUCUUUUUUAUCUUCUUCUUCUUCUUUUUCUUCUUCUUCUUCUUCUUCUUCUUCUUCUUCUUCUUCUUCUUUUCUUCUUCAACUUCUUCUUCUUCUUUUCUUCUUCUUUUCUUCUUCUUCUUCUUCUUCUUCUUCUUCUUCUUCUUAUCCUUCUUUUCUUUUUUCCCUGGUUUUCUAUUCCUUCUAAUCUUUCCCCUUUUCGGUUUGUUUGUCUCUCUUCUAUUUUUGGUUGCUCCUUCUUAUUAUCUCUUCAUACCUGUCUUCUCUCAUUUACUUUUAUACUGUUUAGUUAUCUUCUUCUUUUCUCUCUUUCGCUCUCUCUCUCUCCCUCUCUCGUCUAUCCCUUACUUUUUCUGGUUUUCCCCUUUUCUAAUCUGUCUUCGGUUUGUGUCUUCUAUUUUUGUAGCUGUCAUUAUCUUCAUACCUGUCUUUCUCAUUUACAUAUACUGUUUAGUUAUCUCUCUCUGUCUAUCUCUCUCUUUCUGUCAUUUAACGGACUCUUUUAACCCUUUUAUCACUCUCUUGUUUAUCGCGUCUCUCUUUUUAUAG